AUGCCGGUUGCAUGGCUUCUUUCCAGACUUCAAGCUCUGGUUCCAACAGAAAGAGCUUUUUCCACCUCCCAGUCCUCACACCAAGUGGUAGAUGCUGUGUGGACCCUGGGGCAGCUCAACCAUGUGGCCAUAGCAGUGCCAGACUUGGAAAAGGCCAGGGCUUUUUAUCGGGAUGUGCUGGGGGCCCAGGUAAGCGAGGUGUCCCCUCUUCCUGAGCAUGGAGUGUCUGUUGUUUUCGUCAACCUUGGAAAUACCAAAAUGGAACUACUUCACCCACUGGGAAAUGACAGUCCAAUUGCGGGAUUUCUGCAGAAAAACAAGGCUGGAGGAAUGCAUCACAUCUGCAUUGAGGUGGACAAUAUAAGUGCAGCUGUGAGGGACUUGAAAGAAAAGAAGAUCCGUAGUCUAAGUGAAGAGGCCAAAAUAGGAGCCCACGGGAAACCGGUGAUUUUCCUCCAUCCCAAAGACUGCGGGGGCGUCCUGGUGGAGCUGGAGCAGGCGUGAUUGGUAUCUGCAGGAAGCUGAGUCCGUUGAUCCGGAAAAGCCUUCUCAAAGUGGCCUUCAGCCUUCAGCCCUGCACUCCUUCGUCACCUCAAAGUUAAAAACUAAAGUACAGACCGAGAUGCAAAACAUUACAUAAAUGUGUAGCUAUAGAUACAUGCACGUGUGUGCAUAUGUGUGUACAGUAUGUAUGUACACACUGUGUGUGUGUAAUUACUUGGGGCUUUUUCCUGAUUUGGAGAAAAUUUUGAUUACUAAAUACCUAGGGAAUAUUAUUAAGAUCGUAUAGAAAUAAAUUAUUCCUGUUCUAAAAUUGGG